AUGUGCAACAGAAUCGACGCGUCAGCCCUUCCGAAGUCUCUGCAAGAUGCAAUCACGGUCACAAAGCAGCUCAACUUCCGUUACCUGUGGGUCGACUCGCUCUGUAUUAUCCAGGACUCAGACGAGGACAAAUCCCACGAGAUAAGCAACAUGGCCAACGUGUACAAAGGUUCCCACCUAACAAUCAACGCCGCCAAAGCCUACAACUGCAACGAAGGGUUUCUGGAAUCCCAGCCUUUGACGCGGUCAUAUCGGGACCCCAACCUGGCCGUAAGGGUGCCCCUUCUGUACGGAGACGAGGAGCUCGGGCAAGUCAUACUCGAAGAGGACAUCUUCUGCGCCGACCCGGGCGAACCCACUUACCGCCGGGCUUGGACCUUCCAAGAGCGCCUGCUCUCUCGGCGGCAGCUCAUCUACGGCUUUGACACGCUGACCUGGAAAUGCGCGACAACGACCUGGAACUGGGUCACAUGGACACGCUUCUGCUUCCAGACACCAAUCCUCGGAUCUCUCGCGCUGCCCUCCGAAGACUCCGUCACGUCAUUCACCAACGCCGCAUCCUCGCCCCCAGCCGGCGCCCUAUCCCUAUGCAAAAACCCCGACUUCGGCAACAACGCCCCCCAAUGGCGCACAGCCGGCUGGCCCUACUUCCAGCAAUACUGGCUCGAGCUGGUCGGCAUCUACUCGCCGCUCGGCCUGACCGACUCUGCCGACAAGCUCCCCGGCAUCGCCGGCGUCGCGGCCGAAGUGUCGCGCGUCUCCGCCGCCACCGGGCUGCCCGCCGGGCGAUACCUGGCCGGGCUAUGGGAGGCAGAUCUCCCGCGACAGCUGCUCUGGACGGUGUACUACCCUCCCAAGCCGGAACGCGGCCGGCCCUACCGCGCGCCGUCGUGGUCGUGGGCGUCGGCGCCUGGGGACGUGUACACGCAUUAUCCGUGGGUGAUCCGGGACUAUCGAUCUCAUCCGGCCGCCCAGAUAAUCGAGUGUUCGGCGACGCCGCUGCGUGCGGAGGCGCCGUUCGGACAGGUCAAGGAUGGUUUCUUGAAGAUCAGAGCGAGGUUGGUCAAAGGGACGGUUGUGGGCGAGCGUUUGGGCUCCAGCGAUGGGCCGAUUACGGGGGAGCGAGAGUUCUGUCAGAUGGACGUGGUCGAGUCGGUGGAGGCUGCGAAGGAGCAGGCUCUGUCCUCGUGGUGGGCUCAGCUGGGGGAGUGCUGCGGUUUGGUUCUCGAGAAAGUGGAAGAAGACUCCGGCGAAGGAGGGCUGUAUCGGCGGGUGGGGAUAUUCCAUUCAGAGACGACGUCUUUUCCGGACGUUGAGCCAUCGGUGUUCACCAUCAUCUGA